AUGGCGGCUCGCCGCCCCGCCGGGAGGCACUGCGGGCGCUCCGUCAACGGUGUUUUUCGGCGCGGCCAGCCGACCCUUCAUUCCCAGAAGAGCGUCGGCCGGCCCGCCUGGCCUUGCCGCAAGGAGUCGGAAAGGCCGUUCCCGGGCCGCGGCCGGCCCUACCGGAGAGCCCCAGGACGGAAGGUGCGGAAAAAGUGGCGGCUCGCCGCCCCGCCAGGAGGCACUGCGGGUGCUCCGUCAACGGCUUUUUCGGCGCGGCCAGCCGACCUUUCAUGCCCAGAAGAGCGUCGGCCUUGCCCGCCCGGCCUUGCCGAAAGGUGUCGGAAAGGCCGUUCCCGGGGGCGCAGUUUUGCCGGACCCGGGACGGAAGGUGCGGUGGUACGUGGCCACAAGCCUUCGGGAGGGGCUGGAGCGGCAGCCCGGCCCGCUGGGGACGAGCGAGCGGGAGAGAGCGAGGGAGAGGGGAGCCAGGGUCACUUGGAGAGCGGCGGGCUCACCGCUGCCCCGAAGCAGCAAUAUCUGCGACGGCCGGAACGGCCCAGCACCUUCCGCGGAGCGGAGGGACCGGCCCGCCCUGCGGUCCCGCCGAGCUGCCGCCUCGGGGCAAGAUCCCCGACCGGGGACCUCCCUGACGGAGGGAGCUCAGCCGAGCCAGCCUCCCGGCUGCUCUGGCCACCCCCUGCAGGAUCAAGGCGAGAGGAGACCGGCGCACCAGGCGGCGGGCGGCAUUCCAGCGGCCACCCGCGCGCCCGCGGAAGGAGAGGAAGUGCCGCCUGGGCCGGAGUGGGCGAGGGACCGGCGGCGGGCCGGAGGGAGCGGAGGCCGGGCGGCAAGCGAAUACAGAGACGGGCAGGACUCCAGCGCCGCGGCCCGGCAGCCGCUGCUUGGCCGAGCAGUCAGGAGGGCCCGAGGUGCGGGCCCUGGCCCCGAGGGAUACCUGGUUGA